CAUAUUUGUGACUAGUGCGUAGAGUGAGUUCCCUCGACAUCGCAUAUUCAAAAGAAGUCUGAUAUUAGGAAGAACGGUCUAUAUUGGAUGCUAUUGAACUUUCACUUUUCAACAGUGGAAGUGUUUGUCAUUUAAGUAGAAUUUGUAAUCAAAGAAAAAGAAAUUCCAUGUUGGCCUGCGGUGCUCCAGGAUUUGAUUACUACAGUGGGUAUCAGGAAUCAUGGAUGAGUACAAACAGGAUUGAACAAAAUGAUUAUAUAUCAGAGAGUCUUAAUGGUAUUCAUAUGCUGAUCGUUUUACUAGAAGAGAAAGUUCUACAAAAUGAGCAAGAACUAUCUCACCUCCAGAGGAUUAUUUGGAAAUUGGAACAAGAAAAUGAUUCUUUUCGAGAAAGACUUCAAAGACUUGAGGCAAGUGUAGCAGAAUUAUGGCAAUGUAACACAAGUACUGCUAGUAAUGAUAGUGGAACCUACUCAGAAAUAUCAAGUGAGUUAUUUGAAGAUCGUGAUCAUAAUGAUUUACUGGAUAAUCAAAGUGGAGGCUCUCCUCUUCACAACUGGACAUCAUCCUUCACAGAAUCAGCCCUUCCUGGAUAUGAUGCUCUCAAUUCCCAGCUAUUCUGGCCUUCUAGUCAACCUGUACUGUGCUACUUUUAUGGAGUUCCAGCUGCUCCACCUUUUGUAAACAAUGAAACUGUGUUUUUUGAUGGACAAGAAACUACUAACAGUUCAACAUAUUAUUAUGGCAAUGCAUAUAAUGUGUGA